CAUGAUUAGUUUGGUACGGCGUCAUGUUGCUCGCAAGCUUGGUCGCAAUGACACAAGGUCGGCAAAUAAACACUUACACACGUUUCCAUAAGGCCAUACUCCUAGAAGCAAAUCCGCAAUCCAUUUUGAUGGUUAUGUCAGCCUCACUCCACGCAAGCAAUUCUGUUUGUCACCUGUGCUAGCUCGCUGCGGGACCAAUAUUCCUUCGCAUUCCUUCUGCUGCUUGCUUAACUGGUUAUAGUGCUUUAGCCUUUUACUGGUCAUUACCUCCCAGCAAGGAACCAGACGAUGCGGACUGCACGUGGGGUGUCACCCGUCUGAAGCCGCUAUGCUGGCAUACGUUCCUGCGCUUGCGCCGUAUUCCCGGCGCUCCUGUAGCGUUGGGGACCUUGUGCGGAGUCAGGAUGGGCAUGUUACAGGACAUGACUUUCACCGUGCCUUUGGGGCAAGGCUUGACGACGACGACAUAUCAUGCUACCCUAUGAAAAAAUGCAAGAGUAGCACAUCCAUAGCACAAACAGAGGAAUGCGCGUUGGGCGAGGAUCGACGCUUUGCAGUGGAGCCAGCUUCCAACAACGCAUUUGGGCUCUUCGAUGCAGAUACCCCAGGCGCUUGCGGUGCCCAGCGGUCAUACACACUUGCGCGCGUUCAUCAGCCCAUUCAAUCACGGCUGAAGCAUGCGAGCAGCAGCAACGCGCUGUCCUACCAGAGCGGGCUUAGCUCCUCACCCUUGCCACCUCCCAUCGCCUCCAGCGCCAACGCCUCAACGUCCGGGCGGGCCUCAACAUCCUUUCCUGCGGCGCGCACAUAUCCAGAUGAGCCGACAAUCAGCAAUGCCGACCUGAUCGGCGCGUUCGGCAUCCUCACCGCUGACCAGUGGGCUGUGCUUCACUCGGCCAUCACAGGCUGCUCCCCCCCGCCCAACCCAACGCCAGCCGCAGACGCCGUAACUGCUGCUCCUGCUGCCGCUGCAGGGCAUAGGGCCCAUGCACCCAUCGUUCGGGACCGCGGCCGGGGUCUAUCGCCGGGGGUGGCACCAGCAGCCCAACGGGCUGGCAACCCCGCUGCUGCGGGGACGUCGGGGACAGGCACGAAGAUAGCACCACGAAUAACCGAAACUGCACCGGCGGGCGUCAGCGGCGGCGACGCUGGCCCCUCGGCUGCUGCUGCUGGCGACGAACGGGUGUCUGGGGGCUCAGGCAGCUCCAUCUCCUCGCUGCUGGCAACGGUGCACAGCGGCGUCGCCGCAGUGUACGACAGUACGGACGACAACGCGCUAGCGGGGCAGCAGGCGGGCGGCGGCUGGCUGUACGGCAGCGGGGGUGGUCGCAGCGGAGGAGGCGGAGGUCUGUCUGAGUCCCGGCCGACGUCUUUUUCGCGAGCAAAGGCUCUGCUGUCGUCGUCCGCUCCUGUGUCAAUUGCUGCUGCAGUGGAUGGUGCGGCUUCUGGGGGUCAUCAUACCGGCCAUUACCCCUCCUCCACGGCAACAACAACAACAACGGACUACCGUCAUCACUAUCAACACCAGCAGCACCAGCACCAACCGCAGCAACCACUGUCACGGGGCAGCCAACCUCUGUACAGCCAGCACCAGCACCAGCACCAACCGCAGCAACCACUGUCACGGGGCAGCCAACCUCUGUACAGCCAGCAGCAGCACCAGCAGGAGGACCAGUACGACUAUGACUACAACCCGCACCCGCCGCAGCAGCCCCUGCAGCAGCGCUCGCACCAGUACCAGCGCUGGCAGCAGCACCUGCACGACCACCACCAGCACCUGCAGGAAGCCCAAUACCCACAGCACCCUCCACACCCGCAGCAUUCGCAGUACGACACAGGGCUGGGCCUCCGGCACGCCCACCACUUCAGCCGCAGCCCCAGCAGCCUAGGCAGCGCGCCGGGUAGUCCCGCUGCGGGAGUCCCUGCCGCGGCCGCAGCUGCUCCCGCCCUCGCCGCCCAGCAGCACCAACAGCACCCACAGCCCAGCAGCGGUGGCGGUGGCGGAGGUGGCUUACCUAACGCGGAGCGACCGCGUCCGGGUCGCGGCCUGCAUGCCCUGUUCCACCGCAAGCCUGACGUGCAGCGGACCGCGGGGUACAGCAGGUCGCAGCCCGCACCUCGGCACAUGGGGCUCGGCAGCAUGGGCGGCAAUGGCGGCGGGCCUGAUAUGGGUGGGCAUGAGAGCGGCGAGGCGGCGGCGGCGGGUGGCUCGCAGCCCAUUCCGGCCCCACAGCGGGCCAUGCCACAUCAGCUGCACGCCAGGCAUUACCACAUGAAGCACCACCAGCAGCAACAGCCGCAGGAGUACUAUCCACAUGCGCAGCAACCCAACAACCGCCACCACAGCCGCCACCUUCAUCUCAACGACCAGCAGCACUACAGCUUGUUGUCCCGCAGCGCAGGCCCCUCCGCGGCGCUGGCUCAGCUCUCCUCCUCCUAUAUGACGUACGGCUACCGCCGCGCCUGCUCCUCGCUCGCCGCGCUGGAUCCGCCGUCGGGGGGAGGCCUAGACAGCAGCCUGAUCCAGCACACGGACGAACUGGGUUACGGCAGCAGCAGCGACGAUGACACGGAGGAGACCACUCGGCGCAUUACCGCGGCCUUUCGAAACAACAACAGCAUGACACGGGCCAGCGCGUGGGGGCUGUUGGGGGAGGACCCGACGCCCACCACGCCCACGAGUGAGGCGGCGCGGAGAGACCCGUGGGUCACUCAGAACAGCGGGCUGAGCAGCGUGACGGGAGAUGGUGGCGAGGGAGGGGAGGGCAAGGACCGCGACGGCGACUGCGAUGACUCCGGGCUGGUUCCUCUGACCCGCAAGCGCAGCAGCUACCACCUGACCAACUCGCAUGCCGCCGUGGAGCUCUUCCUGCGCCUCAACCACGCCAGGCAGACAGUCGACUUUGCGAAGCGACAGGCCCAGAUGUUCGGCCGGCUGGACAAGGCUGAGAUGAGCGUGUGGGAGGCGCUGCAUGCGCUGAACGAGCUGCGGGAGUACGAGGCGGUGCUCAUGCUGGAGCCGGGGGAGGCGCAGCAAGAGGUGGCGGAGCUGUCGCUGCUUGAGCAUGCCUUCCAGACCGCCGAGCUGUGCCGGCUGCACCACCCCGAGCUCGACUGGCUGCACCUGGUGGGCCUGAUGCACGGGCUGGGCAAGCUGCUGGCGCACAGCAGGUUCGGCUCCCAGCCGCAGUGGGCAAUCUGCGGCGAGUCCUACCCCCUCGGCUGCCGCUUCUCGCCGCACAUCCUGGGCGCGCAGUACUUCACCGCUAACCCCGACCGCCGCCGCCGGCUGUACAACACCCCCACCGGCAUGUACGGCCCCGGCUGCGGGCUGUCGGGCGUGACCAUGUCCUGGUGCGGCUCCGAGUACCUGCACCUGGUGCUGCGGCUGAACCAGGUGGCCCUGCCGGAGGACGCCAUGUGGGUGCUGCGCCACUCCAAGUUCCUCACCCUCACGCGCCCCCAAAGCUGCUACCUGCCGCUGUGCGCCCCCGAGGACCUCGCCCGCCUGCCGCUGCUGCGCUCCUUCCAGGCCCUGUCCGCCUUCAGACGCGCGGAGCUGCCCGAGGGGUUCGCGCUGCGGGGGGAGCAGCUGACGGGAUACUACGAGGGGCUGAUUGCCAAGUACAUUGGGUUGGGGCGGCUGAGGUGGUAGUGGCGGCGGCUUGGGGCGGCUGAGGUGGUGUUGUGGGUAAUUACCACAACAACAAGAGAGGAAACGGGUGGGAGUGGUCAUCUGGCUGCUGCCGGGUUAUGCGCACUACCGGUAUAGCGAGCUGGUGCCAUCUGGGGGCUGCGGUGGGGGGAGCUGCUCGGAGCUGCACUACCAUUCGCGUGUGUGUGUUUAGGCACGGCGCCAUGCACUUGGCUCACCCCGGGAGCGAGCGCUGUGCUGGUGUUGCGGCUGUUGCAGUGGCUGCUAUGCGCUCUAGCUGCUCAGCUGGUGCGGUUAGGGUAAGUUAACCCUCUUGCACAGCGAGGAGGGCAUGUCAUGAGGAGUGCGGGCGGGAAUGUAUUCUCCGCGUGCGGUCAAUGUCGUCGUAUGCGGGAGGUGCGCGCGCUGUGGUGGCGGUGGGAGGAGAGUGAGAAAGUGAGAAAGCGCAUAUGGGGAGAGAGAGUGUGUGGUGGUGCUUGGGGAGAGGGUGGUGGUUGGGCUGGUGGUGGUGGUGGUGGUAGGGAAGGUCUCCGAGUGAGGAAGGCGGCGCGUGCAGGCAUGCGAGCGGCGGCUGCAGCUGCAGCACCUCAGCUAUCUUGUGCGGCACAGAUUGAGAGAGCACAUGGCUAGGGUGGCUAUUGAAAGGCCUUGAAAUGUGGAGGUAUGACAGCAUGUCCUAAGGGUGUGGCGCAGAUGUUUCGGACCCACAUACGUACGACCCAAGGGUCGGCUGGUGUCGCGUUGUCGUGAGCGGAGGAGAUUGUUGGCUGCAGCUUAGGACUGGUAUGAUAUGGCAUCGGCGCUUCGGGACUUCGACAAAUCGACUAAUCGCGGUAGUUAUCUUAACCCUCUUUGUUUGCAUCACUUUUAGUACCUGGUUAUAGUAGCAAGGAAGGAGUAUCGCCGUGGAUACCUUAGUAGUUGGAUACCUACAUCCUAAAUAUAUCCUAGUAGUGCGUCAAUAAUCAUUCGCCUGUCUUAGUAAUUGUUGCCAAGCUGCUAGGUACGGAAAUCAGUUGGGGGCAAGUCCGUGCCACAGGGCGGCGGCAGGGCAGAAGACUGUUAUUCUUGGCAGCGCCAAGUUCUAGGGGUUUGUGGCGUUGGCUGCAUUUGCAGAGCCCGCUUGUGCGUGGGGGCCUGUGGCUUAAAAGCAAGGAUUGAAACGCUAAAAUUUGGAGGUCGUGUUUUGCGUUCCAAUGGGGGCCACUGGGCUACCUGGUUUGACCUCUGCCUUUACCGCCUUCAUCGGAUACCGGUAACGUUUCAUGGCACUGUUGGCGGCAAACUCAUACGGCAUCAUGGCCACUGCAAUAACUGCCGGUAAAGAGAAGGUAACGCUCGACACCCCCAAUUAAAAUGCUAUCGAUGUCGAAAGAGGGUGCGACCUGCGCCCUAUUCUUUCUUUUGGCGUUUUGUGUCUCAGGCUGCCUGCUUGGCUGUUUGAUGGUGGGCGAAUGGUUGGUUGGCUGGCGAGAAGAUUAACAUGGUUGGGAAAUCGUACGUGUGGGGGUUGCAUGUGAGGAGUGGGGGGAAGCUGACGAGCCCUUGGUAGCUGGUCGGCUCAACGUAAGGUCCUUGCAGCUUGGACAAGGGAGCCGCAGGUAGCUUAGAAGCGAAGGAGGCGCAUUUAGCCACAAGUAGAGAAGAUAACGUCUCCAGCUAGGGAUCAAGGGUGCGGAGGGGCGCUUUUGUCAUUGUCCUUGCCUACUAAGUUGACAGCUAAGGGCUGCGCAUGCCAGGCCCUGAUUGGGUCCUACUCGAGGCCGGCGCAAGUCGCAUGCAUAGCAGGGGCCUUGGAGGGAUAUAGGCAGCAUACCGGUGGUUGGUUGGGUCUUCCUGCCCAACCUGGGAAUGCCAGGAUGUUGGACGCAGACAGCAGUUCCGAAAGGGGUCCAUUUUGCAGCGCUCUACAGAUACGUAUGUGCUCAGUGUUUUGGUUUAAACAUAAAUCUGUCCUAUUGCAUGAAUGUAUGCAUGCUGAAAGGGAAUGCUGCUCAUGACGAGGGGGCGGUCGUUGCCUUGGUCUCUUCGUGGAGGGGAAGUGGAGGCAACGAUGACCCGUGGGUCGGAAAAGCCGCUUCGACUUGUUCUUAUGGCUGUAGCACUAUUGAGGGUACUGACCCCACUGAGACAUUGCAGCAGUAUGCCUCCUUUCUCUUUGGCUUUCUCAUGUUGUGGCUUUGGUGUCGCUUUGUUAGGGUAAGAAGUGGUGUGAAUGGUGCAUGAGGUGUCGGGGUGGACGAUGCUAUUUACCGGGGGCCGUUGCUGUGCUGGAUUGGAGAGGUUUCUGCAGGGUGACUGCCGUACAAGGGAAUCUGGGGACCCAUGCGUUCCUGCCUGCCUUGGGACACUGAGGACAGCGGACGUGUGUCUGGUGCGCGCGUGGCAAGUGGCGGCCAAGAGAGUCAGCUGGUGGUGCGGUGCUUUGUUGCGUUAGCAGUGGAGACCUGGAAAACACAGGCCGAGUCCCGGCUUUCGCGGCACUUAGUUGUCGGCAGGGUAGUCGAGAAGUAAAACCAGGUUUGAAAUGCGGGGUCUUCGAAUGUACGUAAGAAGGCGUUAAAAUGUUACUAGGGAAACGUGCUAAGUUAUGUGGAUGUGAUGUCUACAAAGCUUUAAUCAUGUGUCGAUGGUGCCUGCAAGGUUGUUUGAAUUAUGCAGCAUGGCGCUGACGCCCAAUAUCAGCAAUGUGCGAUGUA